AUGCCGAUCCUCAUAGAAGGCAAAUUGGCUACAGGUGUUUCCUUUGUAAAAGACAAUUUAAAUCACACGGUACUGGCUGGGAAGGAGGUGAUUGUAUCAGCAGGCAGGAUCAAUAGUCUCAAGCUUCUAAUGUUGUCUGGUGUUGGACCAAAACGCCAUUUGGCAAAGUCAGGGAUUCCACCAGUAGUUGAUCUGCGUGUCGGAGAAAAUUUACAAGACCAUAUUAUGACAGCCAUGUUUUAUAAUGAUAACACAACCAGUGGAGGAAGCACGUCACCAUCACUAGCUUCUAUAUUGAAAUAUCUUACAUUUAUAUCAGGUCAACUGAGCAAGCCGCACGGAGAAGCGAGUGUUUUCCUGGCAGAUAAUAAAAACCGGCUUCCCUCCACACAAUUUUCGUUUUACAGUGUCAGUGUUCACCCAUCUUUCGCAGACCAGUACGUGCAGUUUCUCAACAUUGACCCGAAGAACAAGGGAGGCAUUCGAAAGAAAUUUGAAAAUAACCUCAACAAAGGUAUUGGGGCAUUUUUCGCAGAAAAUAAACUUCUCCACCCCAAGAGUAGAGGAACUAUUAGACUUCAGAGUAGCGAUCCCUUUGAUCCGCCACUCAUAGAUCCCAAUUACUUGGAUCAUCCAGACGAUAUAAGGACCUUAUUAAAAGGAAUAAAGAUCUAUAUGAAAGUAGCAAACACUACAGCUUUUAAAUCUAUCGGAGCAUCACCUACGGAUCCUUAUGAGGAGUAUCUACCUCCCUGCAAUACACUUCCUUUUCCGUCUGAAGAAUACUGGGUCUGUAGAAUCAAGUAUUAUACCUAUAUUGUAUACCACCCAACGUCUACAUGUAGAAUGGGGGCACCAGAUGACCCUACUGCCGUUGUUGAUCCAUAUUUAAGGGUCAAAAGAAUAAAGAAUCUUCGAGUAGUGGACGCUUCCGUCAUGCGUAGCGUGCCAUCAGGAAAUACGAAUGCUCCAACUAUAAUGAUUGCAGAGAAAGCGGCAGACAUGAUACUUGGAAUUGACAGUGUGAUUCAUAUAAGAAAAAUCACAGAUUCCUUAUAGCAAACCAAUAUUUUGAUCAAAUCAUUCAGAAUUAAAGAUGAAAAGGAUAUACAUGUGUUCAAUGCUGAAAUAGGAUCAUAUCAUUUCCGAGUAUACGAAUGAUGGUUGUAGUACUUUCUAUAUUAGAAUGAAUCAGGGCAGAUGAUGUUGUACGCACACUACAAUGCUUAUAUAUAUAUUUUUUUAAUUCUGUAGAAGAUGUAGAGCAUAUAUUUCAGAAAGGUUAAUAUUUACUGUUUUGUAUUAUUGAGGUUUUAUAGAUAAAUUACCGUAUACUAACAUUUAU